GGGUGGCCGUCUCUAUUGUCGUGCGCGGAUCAACCGUCGCCAGUCGGCGUAGUACCUUUGGGUUCUGUUUCCUAUUUAUCCUCCUGGACCGGAGCAAAACGCGGGCCAAAAUUGGGUGACUCGCUGACGUAGAGGCGUUUCGGACGCAUCCGGAUACAAGGCUGGCCAGCUGCGCCAUUCUUGACGUGUGGUUCUUCCCAUCAGCCACACUACACCAGCCAAACCUGGCUGCCGGGUCGUCGUAGUCGGAUUGUUGUAGUUAGCUGUUGCGAUGUCACACACUGCAGGAAUGGACACGGGCUUGCCUGUACCGGAUGCCACCCCCCCGCUCGAAAAAUUGCAAGAGGACCUGGUCCUGGACCUCGUCCAGGAGGUCAAAUUUCAACCGGACCUCCAUCAAUUACCCAUCAACCCAACAUCACCGUUUCACGAUGAGGACGACGAGAUAACGAUUGUUGCUCGGGAUAGAUCCGCUCAUGAACUAAGAUGGCUCAAAGUGGUGUACGACCUGCCCUCGGACGUAUUCUUCAUCGCGGUCAAUCUGAUGGACCGUUUCCUGACUAAGAUAAAGGCGAAGCAGAAGUACAUGGCCUGCAUCAGAGUGUCAGCCUUUUACACAGCCGCCGUCCAGCAGAUGCAGGCCGACGAGCCCCGCCAUCUAAUCUCGAUCUCACAGUGCAAUUGCACGGCCCACGACUUGACACGUAUGUCGGGGGUGAUACAAAAUAAAUUGGAAUGGGCACCCGGCACUGAGCCUAUUACCACCCUGACUUUUCUACGGCUGUUCAACAAUAUGUUUCACGCGGUGGCGAAGGAAAUGCAUCUUGGCGACGUGUAUACCAGUAUCGUCAAGGAAUCCGAAUUGAUUCGCAGAUUGGAAAUGGUGGCUUGCAAUGGCAAUUGCGCGAGUCUCAGGCCAUCCGAGGUGGCUCUGGUAUUAUUCUGCAUUUAUUUGGAUACCGCUGUUAAUCGACUGAAUACGAAUGCAGACACAACCAUGUCUGUCGACGGUCCAUCCUUACACAACGCAACCAUCAUUACGCCGUCUUAUCAGAUGCUGAAAGAUGAACUCUUGCAGUUUGCUGUGGAGCUCCGAGAGAAAUGCAAUAUUUCAGAGGAGAGCUUCUGCUCCACUCACGCGGCGGUGGGCGCCAUACUGAGCAAGUAUAACGCCCAGGAGCAAACACCUCACAGACAGAAGCUAACUUGGAGACUCUCGGGGCGCACCGCCGAUGCUUUACGUCCGACCGACAAGUUCAGAUCCGUGCUGCCCGCCAUCGCGGAACACGUGCCGAAUCCGUCUCCGAGCAGGAUCAGGAAAAAUCGUAAAUACGCCCGACGCCACGGCAAUAAGAGACGUUAAAGUGGCAUCGCCUUUUUUUGAGAGUACGGUACUGAGAUUUCCAUCUGGUAUAUCAAAUAAUCUUUACUUUUGGUAUACUUAAUAUCUGGUAUGCGUCAAGAUUUUCACUUUUUCCCAGUACGAAGAUUAAAAUUUUACUCGAAAAUAUAAGAUUCUGUUUGCGCAGAAUGACGUCUUAGAAGCUUUGUUUGUAUUAUCUAUUCAAUAUGUCAUACUGGCAAUGUAUUAAGUCAUCGUCUCUCGCUAUAUAUACGAUAUAGUUACGUAUAUUACAUUUUGCCAGUAUGCGAAUCAUUAUCGCACCGUAUAUUAAUAUAUUAAUUUAAUAUAUUCCUGGCUCACUUUCUCAUCGCAUUACACGCACAUAUUUCGGAAUAUUUGAGCAAAUAUUUUAUAAGGACAAGGAUUUGAGCUUCUCCCUGUUCCUAGCGGGAAGUUCGAAUACUGAGAGAGCGAGGAGGCGAAGUAUAUAAAAAGCGCUGUGAAAAGCAAAACGAAGUAGAAGUCGUUGAGAAAUAUUGAAAAUUAAUGUGAUAUACAUGUCCUUUAUAGUCAUUAUUAUCUAAUGAGUAAAACAACAAUCGCUAAAAACGCGUAUAUCUAUAUAUUUACAAAAUUUGUUAAAAACGAGAAAAAAAGAUAUAAAAGAGAGAGAGUGAUAUAAGAACUGCGAAAGUGUUGAGAAUUUCGUGUAAUGUAAAUCGAUUAUUAAAAGAAAGGGGGAAAAAGGGAUUAUAAAGAUAAGUCGAUUGACACCAAUUAGAGUCAAACGGGCUGAAAUCUAUGCUAAGUUUGACGAAGAAAAAAAAAAUGUUUCGUUAGGUCUAAUUUGUGUCCCGAAAUACGCUUUUCUUUAUCGUAUCUUUGUAUCGAGAAAACGGAAACAAUCUCAUAUGUAUACCCCAAAGAUAAGCCAUAUUUUCUUUUAUAAAAAUCGUGUUCGCAUCGCUUCUCUUUGUGAAAUUAUCUCGUACAUUUUGGGAUUAAGAUUAAGUUCUCUUGCGGUAAUAGAAUAUGCCUUCUUAUUGGCAUCAGUUAGCUUUACGAUCAUUCAUUAUCUGAUUCGUCGCGAUAGCUCGUAACACAAGAGAGAGAGAGAAAGAGUCAAGGAAAAAAGCAUGAAGAAAUACUCGUAAAGCUGAUCUGCCUAUCUCUCCUAAACCUUAAUUGAUCGCAUAAUAUUUCCUAGAUCUGUAAACCGCGUGCAUUUGCAGCCAAUUAAGGAUUAUGAGCGAUCGUUGUAUCGAAAUGUAGUGAAAUUCGGAAGCAGGCGUAAGCACGUGAUGCGUUGUAAUGCGAGCAAACGCAGUAAUUG